UGCUAUGAAAAUGUGAUUAACUAAAUAUUUCACAUUUAUUCACAGUAUGUUAGUGUAUUUAAAGUACCAGUAUUAGUUAUGAUCACGAUUAGUUUAAUCAGCAAAAAAACACCUUGAAGUGCAUGAUAUUGGAUGCUUUGAUAUAUAUAUAAAAAGUCAAUUCUGGAAACAAAAUCUGCCAUACAAUUUAUUCAGUGUUUAUAAUAUUGUUUCCUUGUUAAUAACAUGGAAAUCUCCUUUCUGCACCAACUCAAUGGGAACCAGGUCACAUGAUACGUCAUAGGUCAGACAGUUAUUAUGGAUAAGUGAUUGUUUACACAGGAACUAGGUCAAUCUCUGGCCAAUUCACAUAUGUAACAUAAGUAUGGAUUGGCUGAGAGCUUUGAAAGCUUGGGUUUGAUUGGUUAAAAUGACCAAGGUGCCAUAAUGCACAGGUAAGCAGGUGCCUUAUAUAGCUGAAGUAGGUCAUAGGGGGUUUUAAUGGACAAAGAAUAAGCAUGAGGCAGAUUCGUAGGAAGCCUGUGUUACGGGUGGCCCAAAAGGGGGGAUUUAUCCAAAAACUGAUCAACUCGUCGUGUUUAAGGAUGGGAAGGAUGGCAGAAGUUUUCCUGCCUUGUGUGCUCAGGCUAGCUAGUUUGAGGAAGAGCCCAUGGUGGAGCGAGCUACAAUGUCGUCUGGAGCGUAUGGAGAGGCGUAUGUCCAUGCUCAGCAAGAGUCAAGAGGUUGUCCAGCAGCAGCUAGAGGCCACUUUACAGCUCAAACAGUCACCAAAUGACCACAGACUGACCCAGGGCAGUGACCAGAGACUGACCACCCCUGAGAAGGCACAAACUGGGGGAAGAAGAAGAAGAUCCUUGGAACCGGAGGUGUUCAACUCCUUUGUCUCUUCCAAAGCAAAUCAGGACGAUUCCAGAUUAAGAGAAGAUCAACAACAACAAAAUAACAAUAACAACAACAAAAAUGUAUUCAGUAAACCCAGGAAAUUUGCAUACAGGAGAAGACGGCGAGAAAUCCAGACUAGAACAGAAAGUGAAACUGAUGAGAUCCGGGGGAAUGAUAGUGAAAGUGAAAAUACAGGCAUCAAGUUUGAUUUACGCCAAAGGAUAGAAAGCAGAAAACGUGCCAAGUUAGAGGCAAGUAAAAACCGUGCAGGGACAAAGAUUGUUGGUGUGACUUCAGAAACGCAGGAAAAUAAGACGGAGGACGUUUUGAGAACAGACUGUUUGUAUGUUACGACAGUGUGCGAGUUCCCCCUGCCUCCGGAGCCAGAUAUAAAGUUAUCAAAACAAGCUCAAGUGGAAGUGCCGACGUGGAGGGUGAACCCUGUGACGAAUUGUUACCAGCUGGAAGGAACAGAGAAUUUAACAGAUGAAUCAUACAGCAAGAAGCACCUAAAACCUGAAAUGGAAGAAAGGAGGAGGAAAAGGUGGGAUCUUCAGAGGUUACGAGAACAGAAAAUGUUGGAGAAGUUAGAGAAAGGACGCUACAAGUGCCAUUUUGCAGACAAGAGCAAAGGUGGCACUGAGAACCACAGUCAGGAAUCCACCUCUUCUCUGCUACCCUCAUUAGAUGACAUUCAGUACAUAGAGGUGUGUGACAAAAUAGCAGUGUCAGCAUUUGGAUACGCCAUUCCUCAUUUAGAACCGAGCGAGUUUGCACUGCCAUGGGGUGAAGCCAGUCACCGGGAGACAACCAGGAUGAGAACACCACAGAAGAGAAGAUGAUCCCGCCCUGAAACAAAAAUUGGUGAAAAUAAAUAAGGAAUAAGGAAAAAAAUUAUGAUAAAAAGAAACAACAUCCAUCUCAGUGAACUUUGGUCUUCAGUUGGCAGGACACCGAUCCACCAAGAUACCACGUGUCAAGUGAUGAGCGAAUUAAAAGUCGCCUGUAUUUGAAGUACUUUCGAAUGCGGCAUUCAUUGCAACAGUUGACAGCAGCAAACUUCCGAAGUUUUGUAGCUGAUCUGAAAUUUGACUGUUGCAAAAUGGGUUACAGGAAAUGUUAUAGUUUUAAAAAAAGUUAGCCUUUUUUGGAUAAUUUUCAGUUGUACACAUGCCAUAGGAGAAAAUCCAAAGGACGAGGGUUCAUUCCCCUUGGGUCUGUCUUAGUUACAUCCUCAUCAGUAAGGUAAUGAAAAGAAGACAGAAAGGCUCUGGAUUAUCUCAUGUUAGCUUCUAUAUGUAUUGACUGCACUAAUUCUCCAUGUCAGAGAUAGAGGGAAGCAUGGGUGGUCCCAGCCAAGAUGGCCCAGUUUCCAUCCUUUUUUUUUUAUAUUAAUGAUUAUUGCUAUAAUAGUAAAUUCACAAUAGUAAAUUCACUUUUGAAAGGUCAGUAUUGUUUAAAUCUUAUAGGAUCUACAUGGUAAUUUAAGUUUUGCAGGAAGUUUGGGAGAUGUAUAGACCAGGGUCAGUGUAUGGUUAUAAAUUCAGGGAAUAGUUUUUCUUUGUGUUCUUCAUAUAUUUUACUAGAUGCUUGAUUAUGGCAAGUAUUCAGGCAGUUUACUUACUUAUAAUACU